UGAAGUUAUAAAUUGGUGCAAUUAAGAUCGUUUUUUGUCAUAUUAGUUGGAUUGUCGAAUGUUUUUGUAUGUCCUGUGAGUAACACUCUAAUAACUAAGGCAACGUGGUUUCGUGGGAUAAUUGCUAUGACGCACCUUAAAUUUGAUUUGUAGGUGAACUGAUUUGUGUAGGCAACAUGGAUGAGGAAUACGAUGCUAUCGUCCUUGGUACAGGACUUAAGGAAUGCAUACUGUCUGGAAUGUUGUCAGUAUCAGGCAAAAAAUACUCCACAUUGAUCAGAACAAUUAUUAUGGCGGUGAAUCAGCUUCGUUAACACCACUUGAACAACUUUAUGAAAAGUUCUUUGGACCGAAUGCGAAGCCGUCUACGGAUAUGGGAAGAGGUCGGGAUUGGAAUGUUGAUCUGAUUCCUAAAUUUCUGAUGGCAAAUGGGUCACUUGUCAAGCUUUUGAUACAUACGGGCGUGACACGUUAUCUUGAAUUCAAGUCAAUUGAGGGCUCUUAUGUGUACAAAGGUGGUAAAAUUUUCAAAGUUCCAGCUGAUGAAAUGGAAGCUUUAGCUACAAAUUUGAUGGGAAUGUUUGAAAAGAGACGUUUCAAAAAAUUCCUCGUUUGGGUACAAAAUUUCGACAUCAACAACAAGACUACGCACGAGGGUUUCAAUCCUGAUGUGACUACAAUGCAACAGGUUUAUGACAAAUUUGGUUUGGAUGAAAAUACAGCGGAUUUCACUGGUCAUGCAUUGGCACUAUAUCGAGAUGACAAUUACAAGAAUGAACUGUUUGUACCGACAGCUGAAAGGAUUCGUUUGUAUUCCGAUUCGUUAGCUCGAUAUGGGAAAUCGCCGUAUCUUUAUCCUCUUUAUGGUCUUGGCGAACUUCCGCAAGGAUUUGCUCGACUGAGUGCAAUUUAUGGGGGCACAUACAUGCUUGACAAACGCGUUGACCGUAUCGUUUACGAAAACGGAAAAGUUGUUGGUGUGAAGAGUGGAGACGACAUAGCGAAGUGCAAGCAGGUGUACUGUGAUCCAUCAUAUGUCCCUGAUAAAGUGAGGAAAACUGGGCAAGUGAUUCGGGCCAUUUGCCUUCUAAACCAUCCAAUACCAAACACCAACGAUGCGCAAAGCUGCCAGAUAAUUAUUCCACAAAAGCAAGUUGGACGCCAUUACGAUAUUUAUAUUUCUCUGGUGUCUAAUGCCAAUAUGGUGGCACCAAAUGGAUGGUAUAUUGCAAUGGUUUCAACAACUGUAGAAACAAAUAAUCCAGAAGCUGAAAUUUUGCCGGGACUGCAGUUGUUGGGUCCAAUUACCGAGAAGUUUGUAAAUGUCUCGGACGUCUAUGAGCCAAUUGAUAUGGGUACUGAAUCGCAAGUGUUUAUCUCGCGUUCGUAUGAUCCAACAACCCAUUUUGAGACGACUUGUAAAGAUGUAUUAGACAUAUUUCAGCGUGGUACUACCACUGAAUUUGAUUUCACUAAAAUUACGCAUCUCUCACUUGAAGACCAAGAGUGAUUAUUUUAUCGAUAUCAUUCUUCAUCUUCCUUCUUUCCUUUCCAAGUUUUCUCCAUUUCUUUGAAGGUUCUGAUUUAUUACUAACGUCUGGUAUUUUGAUUGUUUUAGUUUCUGUUCUUGAUUCCGUAUGGUUUGAUCCUACCUUUCUCCUAAUCAUUUCCGAAAAUGCGUUGUCUGUGUUUUUACAUGCAGUUAACAUAUGUCAACUGAUCUGUUAAGCCAUCUGUUUAUCAAAAUACCUUUUAAUCAAACUUUUCUAAAAUGAUGCUUUUGCGCUUGUUUAUUGCACGAUUUCGUGUUUUCAGUUCGUUACCAACUUCUCUUUUUUACCUAAAAUAGUGCAAUUGUUUGCGCUUGCUUUUCUGUUUCAAUUCUUUCUGUGCUGGAAUAAAGCGAAAAACAUUCCUG